UUGCUUCACAAUAAACUGUCAGACAUUUUUUUCGAAUUUCGAAAAUGGACAGCAGCUUGUUUUGUUUGACAUUUACGAAACGUCCACAUGUUUAUUGUAUGGAAUGCACGUUUAUCGUACAAACAACACGUUUAUGGUUAAAAAUUCACCGUAAGAUUUAGGGAAAUAUCUAUAGUUAAUCAAUCAAAAUGUCACUACUUCGUAUAAAAAAGCCGACCACACACAAGGGUAAAAAAGUUCUCUUGAAACGUGAGCCACAGAUCAAAGAAGAUGCAAAAAACACGUUAAUUUUGGAGGGUCGAAAGAGUUCUGGACAUAUAAAGCAAGCGCUGAAGGAUUUUUAUCAACUAAAAAAGCCGCUGUGCAAAAAACUGACUCGCAGCAAUGACAUCACACCAUUCGAAGAUACAAGUUCAUUGCAAUUUUUGGUUGAAAAAAAUGAUUGCACUUUGUUCAUGUUCGGUUCAUCGUCAAAAAAGCGUCCCGACAAUUUGGUAUUGGGUCGAAUAUUCGAUCAAGAAUUGUUAGAUAUGGUUGAAUUGGGUAUUAAAGAGUUCAAGUCGAUGAGCGAUUUUCACAAUGAAAAAAUUGGCACUUGUGUCAAACCAUGUUUGGUAUUCAACGGCCCAAAGUGGAAUCAAACCGAAGAAAUGCGUCGACUUAAAUCAUUGUUCAUUGAUGCAUUCCAUCGUGAAACAGUAAACGCCAUACGGCUACAAGGCAUUGAGCAUGUGCUGAGUUUUACACUGACUGAAGACAAUCAGAUUUUAAUGCGUUCAUAUAAAAUUGCGCUGAAAAAGUCGGGCUUGAAAACGCCUCGCAUUGAAGUCAACGAAAUUGGGCCAUCAAUUGAUUUUUCCAUUCGACGCACGAAGAUAGCUUCUGAAGAUCUCUAUAAGUUGGCACGAAAACAACCAAGACAAUUGAAAACGGUGCAAAAGAAAAACAUCUCCAGAGAUCAAUUGGGCAAUACACACGGUCGUGUGCAUGUGGGUAAACAAAACAUUGGAAAAGUGCAAACCCGUAAAGUGCGAGCGUUGCGGAAGACACCAGCAGAAAAGAAAUCAAAACGUCAAGAGAAAAAAGCAGCCAUUAAAUUGGCCAAACAAAAUGCUGAAUAAUUUUUAUGUUUAUUUUAUUUUGAUGAUUUCAAUAAAUGAAACGUUUUAUUCCAAUAA